AUGCCCACCGCGGAGGUCAACUACCCCUUGGCUUCUCCGGGGCCCCGUGCAGAGCUGAAGGGGCCACGGCUCCGGCUCCAGUCACGUCUGGCUCAGCUGCUCCUCGGUGUUUAUGAAGCCAAUCAGAAGCAGAGGUGUUUGUGGCUCUUCCUGUUUGUGAACUGUGCCAAAGACCUGAUCCGGGACCGGUCCAAACCCACGGCCUGGUUCCUGUCAUCCAUCACUGGGACCAUUUAG